AACCGGAAUAUCAACCUCCUCGCUAAUUAUCCUCUUCCUAAUCAAACUCUUUGCAAUCGGCAAAAUUCGCGAUACCUGUCCAUUAGAUCUUGAAGAGAUCAAACAUUUACGACGUUGGAUAAACGUGCAACAGGGCUUGCCUUCGAUAUUUUUUGAUUUUUAUCAAACAGUAAUCAAAAAUCUAGAGAUUCCGAUUGAUGAAAAUUCUCAUCCUGACUUCGGGUCAUUGCUACCUUUAACAAGUCUCAUCAAUCAUAAUUGUGAACCAAACGCUGAAUUGGAUCUUAAAGAGUUAAAAGCAAGACGAAAAAUCAUAAGAGGAGAACAAAUUACCAUUUCUUAUCUCGAUUGGCCAGGGUUGACUAAUGAAGAACGUAGCCAAAG